AUGAACAUGACCAUUGAACAAAAUAAUUAUAUUCCUAAUUAUUCUUUUAUUUAUGAGUCUGAGAAAGUAAAGAAGCAAAGAAAAGCUGGUAUUGCAUGGAGGAAAGAAGAAGAUCAAAAAUUACUUCGUGGAGUAGAAAUGUUUGGAGAGAAAAGUUGGGUUGAAAUUGCUAAAUUUGUAGGAACAAGAUCAAGAAAACAAUGUAGAGAACGAUUUAUUAAUCAUAUUGAUCCUGGAAUAGAUAAAAGACCAUGGAGUUCAGAAGAGGAUGAAAAGAUUCUUCUAGGACAUUGUAUUCAUGGGAGUAAAUGGAGUGAAAUUAGCAAAAAAUUAUCUGGAAGAACUGCUCGUGCUGUAAGAAACAGAUAUAAAGCAUUGUCUAUUCGAAAUAAAUUAUCUUGUUUCAUUAAAGCAGAUCAAAACUUAUUUAAAGUCAUUAAUGGAGGUCCCAUUUGGUAG